AUAAUUCAUAGUUCCAUGUCCGACUUGGGUGUUGUGGGUCAGCCGCUGCGUGUGGGCUGUAAAUUUGAGCCUCGCCUGAGCAUGCGACGGAUCUACAACAAGAAAUGCUUUCGCGUCGAGCGCUAUCAGCAUGAGGUGGCCAAUCAUUAUCGCGACAUCCAGCUGCAACAGACCGCCACGUGGCAGCACAAACAGCAGCCAGGCGACCGUCGCCAGUUGCCCCACAGGCAACAGCAGCCAAAGUAUCGCCCACGCACUCGACUACGUCCGCUGGCUCCAAUGACCGUCAGCACUUCUAGUGUCCAAUUUCGUUGCGAACUACCCAUCCAUGUGCAAUACUAUCCCAGGUGUGUGUAUGUGUGUGUGUGGGUGUGGGUGUGGGUGUGGGUGUGCGUGUGGCGCAGUGGCGCCACCAAAAGGGGCCGUUUACCACCUGAAAGCGGCACGAGGACAAGAGCCAAUGAUGGCAGCCAAGGCAGCGCACGCAGCAGCAGCAGUCGCAGCAGCAGCAGCAACAAUUAUGAGCAGCAUGUGCUAAAUAUUAAUACAAGGGAAAGCCUACAACGGCAGCAGCAGCAGGCGCAGCAGAGGCAGCGACGUCGACGCAUAGAUCUGUACACGUAUUUGCAGUUGGCGAGCAGCUACUACGAACGGGGGUUGCAAGCAAAUAUCAAGUACCUGCAAUCGAUUGGCCAACGUAAUGCAAUAAAGCAACAGCAACGGCAGCAGCAGUUGCAGUUACGGUUACAGCCACAGCAGCAGCAGCAACAGCAGCAGCAACAGCAGCAGCACCAGAAGCAACGACGUCACUCAUUGGAAGCCUGGCCGCGACGGCAGAAAGCAGCAGUCGAGCAACCGCAGCAGUUGAACAGGUUUUUGAAUAGUUUGCAGCAGGGUGAGCGUUGCCAGACAUCAGUGCAGAACCAGGGCUCGAGCACAGACGCCAUUCGAGUGCACAUAACGGCCGGGCAGCGCAACAUAACGGACAUGUGCGAUUUUGCCAGGCAGAGUGGUGAAGAUAACAGCAACAAUAAAAGCAGCAACAACAACAACAGCAGCAGCAGCAGCAGCAAUAAUAGUUUUCACGUGUCGGCCAUCGAUCAACAGCAACAGCAUCGUAAGCUGUAUGAAAUAAUCGAUAACUUGAGCCAACUGCGCUUGUGCGAUAGCAGUCUGCCGCUCAUAACGCUUACCGACUGUACGCAACAGGUGGCGCUGUAUGGCGGUAGUUUUGAAAUAGCCGGCAGUUGUCCAAUGCAAAUACCCAACGAAGCCAGACCACCAACAUAAUAGAAUACAAUAACAACAAGUGCAAUUAGUUGCCAGAACAAACAACAAAGCAAACAAACAAACGAGCUGCAAAAUAUAUU